CCACACACACACACACUUUUUUUUGUGACUAGAUGCACCCAGACUGGAUAAUGAAGGCGUGCACCAAAAAAUCGAGAGAACUCUUUCUUUUUCUUUUAAUACAAUAAUCAUGGGAGAUCAUAAACACAAAAAGUCUUCAAAGAAGGACCACAAAGACUCGAGUAGCCGAGACCAUAAACGUCACAAGAAGAGCAGCAGCAGUAAGAAAGAAAAGGAAAUCGAUUAUUCUGAUCCUUCACUUUGGGUGGAAGCUGGCACGAAUUUAGAAAUUACACCUGCUGAGCAUCUUCGAAACGUGCAACAAGCAGAGACAUCCAUAGACCACGCUACGGAAAUUGCUUUACCGAAAGAAGAAGAGGCAAGACAUGGUUGGAUGUUGGACGGUGGUAUGGAUUUUGGUGCCAUGGGUGUAGCUCGAGUCAAAGAAGAAGACAAACCAAAACCUAAUCCUGAUUUCCCUAAAGUGAGUGAACGUGAAUUAAACCAACAUUUAGUCAAGGGCAUCAAAUUCGAUGAAUAUCCUGAAGAAAAAAAAAAGGAAAUCAAAUUUGGUGACGCUGGUUCCAAUUGGAGAAUGAUGAAAUUAAAACGUGCCAAAGAACAAGCAGAAGACGAAGGUCGAUCUUUACAAGAAGUCGGUAUCGAGAAAUAUGGUUCGGCAGAGAAAUUUCAAGAGGCUUUGCAGGAAAGAGAGUAUUUAGAUAAUAAACGAGGUGGAAGAGGUGAUGAUAGACGGGAUAGAUCUAGAAGAGAUGGUAGACGAGACGAUAGACGAGACGAUAGACGAGAUGAUAGACGAGAUAAUAGACGAGAUGACAGAAGGGGCGACAGACACGAUAAUAGACGUGACGAUAAUAGACGUGAUGAUGAUCGUCCUAGAGAAUCAUCUCGCAAAUACAUGUUUACAAAUACAGACUCACAACAACAAAAUGCAUUUAAACGUCCCGAACCACCCAAGCGUCGAUCCCCUUCACCCACAAAAGCAGCACCCACACCUACACCUACACCCGUAUUUCAAUCCAUCAUUCCUCAGAGCACGGCACCUUAUAUAGAAGCACUUACACGUGACCAACUCAACAAACUAAACGCCAAACUCAUGAAAGCAAAACUCAUGGGUAUGGGCAAUAUAGAAGAGCUUGAAAAAGAGUAUGAAGCGGAACUAGAUAAAUUUGAACAAGCAGAGGCUUUGGGUGUGACAGUAUUACCUUCUCUCGAUAACGAAGGUCGAUUAUACGAUUAUGCAUUAAAACAAGGGGACCAAGCUCAUGAAGCACUCAAGGGAAAGAAAAAAUAUGAAGGCACCCAUGAUAAAAUUACAGGUGAACGUGUACGUUAUGGUACCUCGGACGAUACAUUGUCCUUGGCUGAAAUGGUACGACAGGAAAAGGGAGGUAGUCGUUCAUCGAAUAUGGAUAUGGAAUUCGCCAAUCGUAUUAUGGCAGAUGCUACCUUUGAAAAUAGCAAUGAUUACAUGGAUGAUAAAGCAGAUAUUAUGGCUUCCAAAAAGGGUGUGACAGAAGAGCAAAAGAUGAGACGUGCUGUCACAGAUUACAAGCGAACUCAAGAUGUGUUGAGUAAAUGUAGAUUUUGUUAUCAUGAUAGCGCUCCUCCUCAAGUUGCCAUGAUUUCACUUGGAACCACAUGUUAUUUAGCUUUACCCAAUGUUCAAGAACUCACACCGGGAAAUUGUUUAAUUGUACCUAUUCAACAUGUUUCUUCCACUUUAGAAUGUGAUGAUGAUGUAUGGACCGAGAUUCGAAACUUUCAAAAAUGUCUAUUAAAAAUGUUUCAUGAGCAAGGGAAAGGUGUAGUUUUCAUGGAAACCGUCACCAACAUUCGAUCUCAACGACACACCGUCAUCGAAGCCAUACCUAUACCUUAUGGUGUAUACGAAGAUGCCCCCGCCUAUUUCCGUGAAGCCAUUAUGGCCAGUGGAGAAGAAUGGUCUCAACAUAAAAAAUUGAUUGAAACAUCCCCUACGCGUGGAUUCAGAAACUCUCUUGUGAAAAAUUUGCCUUAUUUCCAUGUUUGGUUUGGGUUGGAAAAAGGGUAUGGUCAUGUCAUUGAAAAUGCAAAGGAGUUUCCUCAUUGGUUUGGUAAGGAAGUGAUUGCGGGUAUGAUGGAUAUCGGUCCUGAGUUAUGGCGUAAACCAAGGUAUCAUCAUCAGGCUGAAAAUCAUCAACGUCAGCAAGAGUUUUUAAAGUCUUGGGAGAAAUGGGAUUGGACCGCUGCCUUGUAGUUUUGUAUAACAUUUUAAAAAAAAAUAAACCGGCAUUCCUCGUUUUUACAUGACACACGAAAGUGUAAUUCACAGUUGAUAGUCCGUAACUUUCUU